AUGGCGUCCAGCUUUGACCAUGACUCUCCAACAGAGCCCAUCUCAGCGCCUCCCAUGGCCGCAUCAUCGGCGGGCUUGAAAGUCCAAAAGACCCGGAUAGCCUCCAUGCAUGGCACGCCGCUCUCCCAGUCCGAGGUUACUCUGCCCAUACGAGACCGCCGCUCCGCCCCGUCGGCAGCCGCCCUCUAUGCCUCGACCUUUUCGCCUCCUGGGUCGCGCUCCUCCUCACCUGCGCCGCGUCCCCUCUCACGCAUGACCUCGGGCUCCGGCUCCGUUUUUGGCGGCGUCGGUUCGAAUAAUGCGCGAGCCCUGAUCGACGGUGCCGGCGAUACUCCAGGCGACCCGCUGAACCUCCUUGUUCACGCGUUUGCUCCACACGUCGCCGUGUAUGCAUCCGAAGAUACGGAGCAACUUCUGAAAGACAAGGGAUUCGAUCGAGGGUUAUGGCAGCUCCUCCGACCAUUCGGCGAGCGCGUGCAGGGCAAGGUCAUCAUCCGGGACAGCAAUGGCGCUAGUCGUACAUAUGAGGACUAUUCCAUACACUUUGUCAGGUUUGGCGAGGACAUUGAACAUCCUCAACCACUCAAGGGGCCACUCAACAAUGGUACUUCGGGGGCAGUGGAAAAGGAGCAACAAUCUAAUAAAUCGGGCCCCCGGCUUGCUGAUGUCGAGGCAGUUGUUGACCGUCACCUGGACUAUGCAGAAGAGUCGGCCCCAUUCUCUGGACAAAGUCCGAUAGCUACAAAGCAUGGGCUCGACCUUGAUGUACCGUCGCCGUAUUAUUCGCUCUACCUGCGGCGUCUGCUCUCUGGCCUGCCCGUUACACCUCACGAGACAUUUGCACACCCGGUAGCAUGUGUAAUCGCCAUAAGCUCACGCAACUCUGCACCUAUCGAGACAUUGCGCAAGCUAUACAAUGAUUCGAGCUCAGGAGAAAAGAAAAUGCCAGAUUGGGUGGACUCUGAGUUUCUACGAUACUACGUCCUGGUACACGACGAGGAAAAGGACGAUAUUACCAAAUCCAUGUCGCUGUUUGAUCAGAUGAAGCGAAAUCUCGGUUUGCAUUGCCACCUGCUCAGAAUACGAGGUACUCAAAGUGCCGCGACAGACGACGACAGUACACCAUUACCGACAAGCGAGUGGAUGUCCGCGUCCGAGGAGAUUACAAACAUCCACAGGCACGAUGCACAGGACGAGCUUGAUGACCUUACCAGAUACAUAUACGAGUCUGACGCCACGGCAAUACGGACCUUUGUUCGCGAGAUGGUGACCCAGUCGAUUAUUCCUACAAUGGAGAGACACGUGUCAGUCUGGAAUGAUCAAGUAGCUUCCAGGCGGAGAGGUGUUGCUGGCCGAUUGAUGGGCCUCACUCGUCGCUGGGGCUUUGGCAGCACAUCGAAAAGCUCGGGAAGCACACAAAUCUCGGGCAGCAACUACGAUUCUACAGGAUUCUACCGUCAGGAUGCGCCCGAGGCCAUUAUGCGCAAACUGGCCGACUAUUCUUUUAUGCUUCGCGACUGGAAACUCGCAUACUCGACAUAUGACCUUUUGCGGGGAGAUUUCAACAAUGAUAAGGCUUGGAAAUACCAUGCGGCCACCAACGAAAUGGCUGCUCUGAGUCUGCUCAUUAUGCCUCAAAACAUCAGUGCCAAGACACGUUCCGAGACCAUAGAUGCCAUGUUUGAAGCCGCAUUUUAUUCCUACAUAACUCGAUGCACGGCGCCGUACGGAGCGGUGCGUUGUCUCAUCAUGGGAUUAGAGCUGCUCCGUCUUCGGGGCGGAUCAAGCAUUGACGAUGCCGCUAGAUGGGGCUUGCGGCUCCUCGAAAGCAAGAUUCUUGGGCCUGUCGGUGACGCACUCAUCAAGGAGCGUCUGGCCGUGUGUUAUGCAUCAAAAGAUGGGCUCGGCACUCAAUAUCUCGGUGGACGCCGGCGUAAAUCAGCCCUGUGGAGCAUAUUUGGGGCUGACGCCUGGGUGGCACAGUCGAAAUUCAUUCAGGCCCAGCGAUGUUUGAAUGAAGCACGGCGCAUGUACGGCGAUCUUCCAACUGAGCAUGGCAUUGACAAGUUUGAACGAGCAAGUGCGUUUAUGCUUGGAAUAGGCCAGCGUCUGAACGAACAAUUAGAGGCCAAUGAAGAUAGGCAAUAUUCGGCCAGCGACGACAAUGAUGUAGUAGACGAAGAAAGCGAGGUUCUCAAUACCAGGGGAAGAAGAAUCAGCACGGCGGGCUUCCCAGGUGGCACGGUGGCAACGUUAGAAGCUGCCCCCCUGAGAGACACGACACUGGGCGACGAGGUAGAAACUCGGGGCUCAGGCGAUGAUUUUGGCUAG